AUGAGGCAGAGGAAGGUGGAUGCGUAUGAGCAAGGGCGGCCAAGCUAUCCGCAGGACGGCUUGAAGUACGCCCUAAAGGAGCUGGGACUCGACCAGGGCCUCCCAAAAAAAGCUGUUGAUCUUGCUGCUGGCACUGGCAAGCUCACCAGGUUGCUGGUACGCGUUCCUGGGCUGGAUGUUGUGGCGGUGGAGCCAAAUGAGGCCAUGAUAGGGGGCUUCAGGAAGGUCCUGCCGGAUGUAGAGAUCCUGCACGGCGCUGCACAGCAGCUGCCCUUCGAUGACGGCUCCAUCGACGCUGUCUUUGUCGGCCAGGGCUUCCACUGGUUUGCGCACGAGGCAGCGCUGUCAGAAAUUCACCGCGUGCUGCGGCCGGGCGGCGGCCUGGCACUGCUGUGGAACAGGGAGGAUGACGGCGUUCCCUGGGCCGCAGAACUGCUGCAGGUGUUUGAGCCGCUCAGCCGGGGGAUCCCCCAGUACUGGACAGGGGAGUGGGUGCGCGUGUGGGAGGGUGACUACGCAAAACAGCACUUUGAUGUCCCCGAUAAGGACCCGCGCUCCAAGAGCGAGUUCUUCAGGCACUCCGUCAAGGUGACGCGGCAGCAGGCUUGGCUGCGGAUUCUGUCCAGGAGUUAUGUGGCAUCCCUGGAACCAGAGAAGCAGGCAGAGGUGAAGGCGCAAGUAAACGCAGUCUUACACCGGCACAGCGACAGAUUUGUGGCGCCGCACGCCGGUGCAGACAGGUCGCAUGAGCUGGCGGAAAUUCCCCUGCUGCUGGAGGUGUUCAUCGCGCGCAAAAGAGGAUAG